AUGGGCCGAUCUGCUCAGCCGUUGGGGAAGCGUUCCCAUGGAGGCUCGAGGCGCCCGUAUGCGAAAGUUGGCAUUUGCCUCGCCCUUACGUACGGACACGUUCCUAUGGCCUACGGCGGGCCCUAUUACGGAGCUGCAACGGGCUCAUACGGACUGCAAACGGUGCGCGACCUGAAAUCCGGAGAAGAAUUGUUUCCAAAUGACGCCGUGGACAUGCAAGCCCGUAUCUGCGUCGUGGCUCAUGUCGGCGCGGCCGGACACCGACGAGUUCAGGCGACUACGUUGUCCGUAUCAGAAGUUUUCGAGUGGACGACGUUGAAGACGAACGUCAAGAACUUUGUCACGGCGUUCCUCCAUUGCAUGGUCGUGGACGUUGAGUCGGUACCCCGUCCGUGGGGCGAGGCGUUGCACGCGACGAAACCCAACGAGUUGAUCCACUUCGACUGGGUAUCCUUUCCUGAAGCGGCGGACGGACUGAAGCACGUCUUGGUGAUCAAAGACGACAUGAGCGGAUUUGUCCGGUUUCACGCAAGCGCGACGGCUACGGCCGCUGCCUUUAUGGAAUGGUUCGGUCUGUUUGGUGUGAUGAAGACUUGUUGUGAACUGCUUCAUCGUACGGACGUUGAAAACACUGUGCAGCGAGAUUGGCUGCAGCCCACGGAGUGGCCGAAAGUCCUACCACCUGUCCAGUCCGCCCUGAACCAGCAACCUGCGGACCGUAUGGGUGGAAUUGCACCAACAAAGGCGUUUACCGGCCUACCUGCGACCCCGCCAUUGUCUGGCCUUGUCCGUGCGGAAUGUGCGGAAGUCGCCACGAUUGAUUGGAUUUGCGAACGCCUUGUCUGUGACGCACAAACAAGUGAAUGA